AUGACGAAGCGCAUCCUGCUGCUGUGCUUUAUCCAUGGCUUCAAGGGAGACGACGACACCUUUCGCGAUUUCCCAAAGCACCUCAAAGAUACUGUCACGAGCAACCUCGUCGACCACCAUGUGGCGUCCGUCGUCUAUCCCAAGUACGAGACCAAAGGAGAGCUGGCCCAGACCACCGAAGCUUUUCUAGAAUGGCUUAAGGAGCGGGUGAUGGAACUUCGAAAGGAACAUCUGCAAGCGCCAUGGCCUUCCACCGACCGAAAUGUCGGCGUGAUUCUAGUUGCACAUUCGAUGGGUGGUUUUGUUGCAAGUGACACCCUCUUUCGCAUUCUCGACGAACGCCGCCGCAACGCCGACUCCGAGAACCCGCCCGGUCCCAUUUUCCCCAUGAUACAAGGCAUCCUCACCUUCGACACUCCCUACAAUGGUCUAGCACGGUCCAUGUUCGUCUACGGCGCUUUCUCGAACUACCAAAAGGUUUCCAAUGUCUUCAACGUCAUGACGGCGCUCACUGCUGCCGCCCCAGCUACACUUGCGAGUCUCGCCUCGAAGCGCACAGCUGUGGCCGCUACCAAGGCCGUUUCCCGCAGCAUAUCGGUUCCCCAGCGAUCGCACCCAGCGCUCAAGGCGUGGCAGCUGAUUGCUGUGCGUACAGGGACGGUGGGUGUCAUUGCCGCCGGUGGUGUGGCGGCCUUUAUGCACAGAAAACAGAUCCUCGAGGGCAUGCGCACGGUCAAGAACCUAAAGAAGGAGGAUGUGGUCCAGGGAUAUCAGCAAAGCGUCGAUGCGCUCGGUCAGGGGCUGGCAUACAUCAACCGUGGCAAUGUCGGACAGUCCUUCGCAUGGCUGUCUGAUCACUUUACCUUUGUCGGGGCUUUACUGAAGCAAAACGAGCUGAAUCGACGGCUGGAAAGACUAGCUGCUGUGAAGGGAGUUGGGAUCAAGGACAUUUAUGCGUCUCUUGGAGAAAAUGGGUACUGGAGUGGUGGUUACUUUGUACCCGAGAGGACAUUCUGUGCCAUACCCGGCGAGGGACAGCCGUGCAAUGGGCUCUUCAGCAGGCAUGUCAUUCCCGAGGCCAAGGAUGAGAUUGAAGCACAUGUCAACCUCUUCAAGCCGGAGAAAAACAGGGGCUACGAAAGAAUGACUAACGAAGCUGCCCAACUGGUUAUCAACUGGUUCAAGGACGAGACUGACAUCUGGGACGACCCCAAAUUCGCCGAGCCAGUCGAGCCUGAGACUGCCGAGACAGAGGAGAUUGCCAAAGCGAUCGAUGAAGCAGACCAAGAAGCGAAGACUGCGGAGGAGAAGGUCAAGGAGGCCGAGAAGAAGAUGGGCGAAGAAGUCAACGAGGGCGACUCUGACGACGAUGGCGUUCCCGACGAGUCACCUAUCGACAUUGCCGCUGCCGCUUCGCUUGUGCCCUUGCCUGAUGACCUUGAAGACGCGGAGGAUGACAACGGCACUGCCGACACCGACAAGAAAAAAGCCAUCAGCGAGCAGAAGCAGGCCUACAUGCGACACUUGUUUGGUGUCGCCCAGCAGACAGGUACCAACAUCCGUUCCUAUCUUCCAUCCAAGCUGCCCGAGAUGCCAGAGUGGGAGAUGCCCAAAGUUUCCAUGCCCAGCGUUAGUAUGCCGAGCAUGCCUGGCAUACCAAACAUACCGAGCAUCGGAAAGUACAGUCUUUGGGGUUCCAAGAAGUCAGAGACGUCCCAGUCGUCGGAGACAGAGGUCCAACUGGACACUAGCACCGACAAGACUGAUGCCGCGGAUGCGAAGUCUGUGGUAGAGACACCAGACAGUGCGACUCAUAAGAUCUUGUCACCCAAGGCGGAGACGGCCGAUGCUCCUGGGAGUGCCUAA